UCAUUCUUCUUUUGCUUAGCUGAAUGAAGGAAUGAAUGGAACCGCUAGCUCGCUUUACGGCAACCUCAAAGCAACUUUGUAUGCCUGGGCCUGGGCCUGCCCAGCAGCGAAGCGGUCCAUGCCAACAACAACAACAACUGCAUCUUCUGUCAGAUUGUCACUCGAACCCCCCUCCCCCCUCUGUGUGUGUGUGUGUGUGUCUGUGACAUACCAGGAGAAGGAGGAGAAGAUGCAUACCAUAGGGAUCGGUGUCCAAUCAUGAUCACACGGCCCUCCCUCGACCAUGACCUGCUGCUGCUACAAGGAAGGAUGGGAAGAAGAAUCCACAUCGAUAGCACCACUACUUCUUCUUCUACAGUGCUGGUACUAGUACUACUAGUGCUGGGAGGGGAGGGGGAGCAAUCAAGCAGUCGCGCCGCACGUGACCAUCCAUCCAUCCAAGAAAGAGAGAGAAACAGAGAGCGAGCGGAGAAGGCAACGCACGCCAAUUAACACGCUGCCCAAGGAAACGAACAAGGAAGGAGCGAAGCCACCAAACCAAACACCAAACGCUACUCCCUCCUGCUUCUCCCCCCCUUCUCCUCCCCUCUCCCCUGUUAGUUAGCGCAGCGGCAUUGCCCGGCGGCUGGUGGUCGUGGGCAUGAUGAUGCGGCGGGUGGCGCCGCCCUCGUCGGAGGACGACAGCUCGGGAUCCGGCGUGCCCGGCUGGCUGGAGGCGCUCCUGGGCACCCGCUUCUUCCUGGCCUGCGCGGCGCACCCGGGCUCCCCGCGCAACGAGUGCAACAUGUUCUGCAUCGACUGCCGCGCCACGCCCGCUGCAUUCUGCUACUACUGCCGCUCCCACCGCCACGCGUCGCACCGGGUCAUCCAGAUACGGCGGUCGUCCUACCACGACGUGGUGCGCGUCACCGAGGUGGAGGACGUCCUCGACAUCGCCGGCGUCCAGACCUACGUCAUCAACAGCGCCAGGGUCCUCUUCCUCAACGAGCGGCCCCAGCCGCGCGGCGCCGGCGCCGCCGCGGGGAAGGCCGCCGCGUCUCCCUACAAUUGCGAGAUCUGCGGCCGCGCGCUGCUCGACCCCUUCCGCUUCUGCUCCCUCGGAUGCAAGUUGGUGGACACCAAGACGCACGGGCACGGACACGGGCACGGGGCCACCGUCGUCGGCAAUGUCGACGGCGGCGGCGGCAGCGGCAGCGAGGCCGAGGCCGGCGGCAGCAAGAACGGCGCGCGGCCCCAAGGUCGGCGGCGGAAGGGGACACCCCACCGGGCGCCGUUCGGUUCGUGACCAAUGCCGCCCAUCCAAUCCAUCCAUGAUCAAAAGGUGAAACGGCAGUGCCAGGAAAGAUUCCAUGGGAAGGAAGAGCACGCAAAAAGGAAGAACUCCGCCUACUCCUCACAUAUCAAGAAAGGAAAGAAGAAGAAAAAAAGAAAUGAGAAAAGAUAGCACCGCCCAACCAGAAAGAGAAGCCAACCACCAUGGAAUGGAAUGGAAGGAGUAAGCGACAUGUCCAUCUCAACCUCUCUCUCUCUCUCUCUCUCUCUCCUCCCAUCUCACCAUACCAAUAGGCCAUACCAGCAUUUGGUAGGUACAUGACUCUAGCAGCCAGUCCUAGAAGCAUUUUUCUGAUGGAUUGUUCUUUUACGAAAAAUACCGCUUAAUUAACAGCAAUAUCUACAUCGAUCGGUCGAUUGCGAAAUUCGCAUAGUACAUUGCUCAUUGUUCCCACAUUAACACCCUCUUUUCCGUUGUGAGACAAGAUCGACAUUGUUAAUUGAUUAUUUAGCACAUUGUGACUGCUAGCUCCAUUUGUACUCACUCCUCCGUGUGGGAGAGAAGAAUCUACAUAUACUACAUACAAUGCAGGCCUAGGAGGAAUGAAAGAAAGGAAGAUGAUUGUCUUUAUGCUUGUCUCUUGAUUUGACCUAGCCAACGCAACAUUGCUGCUGAUUCAUUUCAUCAUCUAUUAUAUAUUUAUAUGUUUGUUA